ACACAUGCAACAAGAGACAACUCCUCCGUCCUCUAUCUUAGGUUGUUGCCUUGCCUUGCUACCACUGCUGCUGCUACAAGUAGGAGCUGUAGAGUGGCGAGUGAGAGAGGGAUACCAUAUUAAUUGCACUAGCCUAGCUGCUCCUGCCGCUGCUCCACUUUCACUGGAGAAGAAGAAGCAAGAGGCCGGAGGAGGGAGGAGCUCGCUGCCUCAGGGGCUCAUUACUCAUUGCCGCAGUUAUUGCUACCCCUGUUUGCAUGCCCUGCCCUCCUCCAAUGGAGAGGAUGCAGCUGCAAGGCCCCAUCAUCACCUCCCUGUGCUGGGCGGACGCGGCGGUGGCGGGUACUGCGAGCGCCGCGCAGGUGCCGUUCCUGGCGCUGCUCCAGGGCGCCAUGGGGGACGGCGGAGCGGGGAUGAAGCGGGAGUACAGCGCCUUCGAGUGCCGACCGGCUGCGUCGGACGUCGACCUGCUCGAGAGCUGCGUCACCCAGGCAAUGGCGGCGCCCCAGGUGGCCGAUACGCCGGCGGCGACGACAAGGGUUCACGCGGAGAGGCGGAGGAAGCGGCCGAGGGCGCGCCCGCGCGCCACGCCGCCGCCGGAGAAGCGCAAGAAGCCCGAGGAGGCCGAGUGCCAGCGGAUGACGCACAUCGCCGUCGAGCGAAACCGCCGCCGCCUCAUGAACGACCACCUCGCCUCCCUCCGCGCCCUCAUCCCCUCCGACUACAUCCCACGAAGUGACCAAGCGACGGUGGUGGGCGGAGCGAUCGACUACGUGAAGCAGCUGGAGCAGCAGCUGGUGGCGCUGCAGGCGUUGGCGGCGGCGCAGCGAGGCGGGGGAGGCGUCACGGUGGGGACGGCGGCCUCGGCCGCGUCGGACGGCGUGUUCGUGUCGCCGCAGUACACGAGCUACUCCGAGUCCCGCGGCAUCGGCGGGGGCGUGGACGUGGAGGCGAUGGCCGCGGUGGGCGGCCACGUGCGGGUGCGCGUCGCGGGGAGGAGGUGGCCGGGGCGGCUCGUGCGCGCCGUCGCCGCCAUGGAGGACCUCAGGCUCGCCGUGCUGCACCUCGCGGUCACAUCCGUCGGGAACGACGCCGUCGUCUACUGCUUCAAUCUUAAGAUCGAGGACGGGUGCGAGGUAGCGACGGCUGACGAGGUGGCGACGGUGGUGCACCAGAUCUUCGCCUACGCCGCCGGCGCGUGCUGCUGACGCCGACCGGUGACGGCGACGGCGAGGACAAGGAACGACGACGUGUAAAACUUGUUACGUAGUUUAACCCAGCAGAGCAACUGGACGAGCAGGUGGCGUACGUGCGUACCGGCGACGAUAAGUCAAACAUGGCAGGCAGGGGUUGCGCGCACAACGUGGCCACGGCGGACGGCGACGCCGCGCGCGCAGCUAGCGUGGGGCCGCGAGCACAUCACUGGUCCAGCCAAGGCCAGCCAGCCCGGCAGCCGAGGGGAGGCUGGCUCGCCGCUACUGACGAGACCCCUGUAAGCAUGGCAGCUGUUUCGCCCGGCCGCGACAACCGGAGGAGCAACAGUGCAACGUACGGCGGCGCAGACGGCAGAGCCCUUUUUCUCGCCAUCUUUUCUUUCCCCUCUUCUUCGUUUCUCGAGCUCUGCGUCGCAGCGACAAGGUGAUGGGGCGAGUGAGUGAGCGUGAGAGAUGGUCGAUGUCUGUCUGUCGAUCCUUGUACGCCGAGCAGUUCCAUCCAUCCCUGUAAUCUGAGCUUGCUGCUAAUCGAUCUGAUCUUUGCUGUA